AUGGCCUACAUUCGAAAUUGUUUACAGAUCGCUUGCAAGAACUUUGCGGGAGGCGCCUUUGCGCGCUCUUCAAUACCGUCGAAAACUUGCUUUAAUUUUACUACUUCAGUUUUGAGAAAUUUUUCUAGUCAAAUAUGUUAUACUCCACGAUCGAAUUUUCUAUUACGUUCAGUUCCACAAAUGCCAGCAUAUUCAAAUUCUCCUAUGCUACUUCUCAUACAACCUUUGCAUAAUGAAACACAAUAUCAAAAGACUUUUUCAAACAUUACUAGUCAAAAAUUUUUAAUUAUUACGCGAAGUUAUAGUCGCAGUAAAUCUAAAUCGAAUGAGUCAAAACUAAGUUCUGAUUCUUCUGAUGGAUCAAGUGAUAACGGUUCUAAGGACGAUGGCCAACAAGGGGAAGGUGGUAAGAAUAGUAGUGGUAACAAUAGUAAUAACGACAGUGGUAGUAGUGGUGAAAGUCCUAGUAAUGGUAACAAGGGCGAUGGAUCCAAUAAAGGUAAUGGCGAUGGAUCAGGAGAUGGCUCUGCUCCUCGUUCACCAUUUGAAAGUAUCCAAAGAACUCUUCACGUAUUGGAAACGACUUUGCAAAAACCUUCAAUACCAGAGGUUUAUCCGCAAGUGUUAGCUUUACCAAUAGCUCGUCGACCAUUAUUUCCUGGUUUUUAUAAAGCUGUAGUUAUUAAGGAUCCACAUGUCACAGCCGCUAUUAAAGAACUGAUGAAACGCGGACAACCUUAUGUCGGCGCAUUUCUUUUAAGAGAUGAAGAUGCGGACGUUGAUACGAUAACAGAUAUUACUAAAGUUUACAAAGUAGGAGUUUUUGCUCAAAUUACUAGCGUUUUCCCAGCAAAUGGUGGACAAGAUGAAAAUUCUCUAACGGCUGUCCUAUACCCUCAUCGACGCAUUCGUAUUACGGAACUUUUACCUCCUCUACCAAGUGGAGUCUCAGAGGCUGAGGUCGUUGCCGAUUCAGUGCAGCAAACUACUGAAGUGACAACUCCUGUACCACUUAAAGUGCCAGAGACUCAAUAUGCUACAUCUUUCCUUGAAGAUUAUAAUGUUUCACUCGUUAAUGUUGAAAAUCUCAAUGAUGAAGUUUACAACAGAAAAAAUCAAGUGGUUCGUGCUAUAACUUCAGAAAUUGUAGCAGUAUUUAAAGAUAUAGCUACGUUAAACCCGCUUUUCCGUGAUCAAAUUGCCAAUUUUUCGAUGUCACAAUCUGCUGGUAAUGUGUUCGAAGAACCAGCUAAGCUUGCUGAUUUUGCUGCUGCAGUAUCUACCGGUGAACCAAAUGAAUUACAAGAAGUGCUUGAAAGUUUGAUUAUUGAGGAACGUUUACAGAAGGCUUUACUUGUCCUUAAAAAAGAAUUAGUAAAUGCUCAACUGCAAAGCAAAAUAAGUAAAGAGGUAGAAUCAAAAAUUGCUAAACGGCAAAGAGAAUAUUAUUUGAUGGAACAAUUGAAAGGUAUUAAGAAAGAAUUAGGUAUUGAAACAGAUGGUAAAGAUAAACUUGUUGAAAAGUUUAAAGAGAAAGCAGACAAACUUGACAUGCCAGAUGGAGUGAAGAAAGUUUUUGAGGAGGAAAUCAACAAACUUGCUCAUUUGGAGCCUGCUGCAUCUGAAUUUAAUGUAACUCGUAACUAUCUUGAUUGGCUCACUCAAGUUCCUUGGGGUCAGAGAUCUCCGGAGAACUACAAUAUUAAACAUGCCAUUAAAGUGCUUGAUGAAGAUCAUUAUGGUCUUCAAGAUGUAAAGGAUAGAAUCUUAGAAUUCAUUGCUGUUGGUAAACUUAGGGGUACUGUUGAAGGAAAAAUAUUAUGUUUUGUUGGUCCUCCAGGUGUAGGAAAAACUUCUAUUGGAAAAUCAAUUGCUCGAGCUCUUUCUCGUCAAUUUUAUCGUUUUAGCGUAGGCGGCCUUACUGAUGUCGCCGAGAUCAAGGGGCAUCGACGUACAUAUGUUGGUGCUAUGCCCGGUAAGGUCGUUCAAGCAUUAAAAAAGGUACAGACAGAAAAUCCAUUGGUUCUGAUUGAUGAAGUUGACAAAAUUGGUAGAGGACAUCAAGGCGAUCCUGCUUCCGCACUUUUAGAACUUCUUGAUCCUGAGCAAAAUUCGUCAUUUUUGGACCAUUAUAUGGAUGUUCCAAUAGAUCUUUCAAAAGUGCUUUUUGUUUGUACAGCUAAUAUAGUAGAUACAAUACCAGGACCACUACUUGAUCGUAUGGAAGUGAUACAGCUUUCUGGAUAUGUAGCUGAUGAAAAGGUUGCCAUUGCUUCUAAAUAUUUGGCACCAACUGCAAAAGAAAUGGCCGGUUUGCAUAACGCUGAUGUCAUACUUAAACAAGAUGCCAUUGAAACAUUAAUUAAAUCAUAUUGUCGAGAAAGUGGCGUUCGUAACCUUAAAAAACAUAUUGAUAAAAUUUAUCGCAAAGCAGCUCUUAAGAUAGUACAAGAUAUUGGUGAAGAAUUACCUUCACAAGAACUUGAUAGCACAGAAAUAGAAUCUGAAACUCCUGAAAAGAGCCAAGAGAAUGAAGGACCAACUAUUACAACUGAGCAACGUAAACCUUUGGAAGUUCCUUCAGAUGUUCAUGUUGAUAUCAAUUCUGAAAAUUUGAAGGAUUACGUAGGUCCUCCUUUAUGGCAUUCAGAUCGUCUCUAUGAUCAUACUCCACCUGGUGUUGUCAUGGGCUUAGCUUGGACAAGUAUGGGCGGGUCCGCAUUAUAUGUUGAAUCUACUCUUGAGUCUAUCCUUACUACAACAUCAACUCCUUCGUUUACAAUUACUGGACAAAUGGGGGAUGUAAUGAAGGAAUCCUCUAAAAUUUCAUACACAUAUGCAAAAAGUUUAAUGGCUCAAACUUUCCCUGGAAAUAAAUUUUUCGAAAGGGCUGCUAUACAUCUUCAUAUACCUGAAGGUGCAACUCCAAAAGAUGGUCCAUCAGCUGGUAUUACCAUGGCAACUUCACUUCUUUCACUUGCACUUUCUAAAUCACUUGAUCCAACUAUCGCAAUGACCGGCGAACUUACACUUACUGGUAAAGUUUUGAAAGUCGGAGGACUUCGUGAGAAAACUGUAGCAGCUAGAAGAUCUGGAGUGACCACUUUAGUCUAUCCUGAUGCAAACAUUAGUGAUUGGGAAGAGUUACCUGAAAAUGUUAAGGAAGGACUUAAAGGUAUUCCUGUAGGAUGGUAUGAUGAUGUUUUUAAGGUAGUAUUUGGAAACAUAACAAAAGACUAUGCUGCUAAGAUUUGGAUGAAGAUGAUAGACAUCGAACCUGAAGUCACUAUUAGUCAGAAUAAAAAAGUGGUAGAUACCGCAAGAUUGUAA